AUGUCUUUCAACUUUUCGGGGAUUAAGAAAGCACUGUUUGGAGAUGAUACGCCUCGACCAAAACUUGGGUCUCUCGAUAUAGAGGGUGUGACGCAAUUAAUCCAGGAUGGUCAAGUCAACAAAAUAAUAACUAUGGUUGGUGCUGGCGUGUCAACAGCUGCUGGAAUACCUGAUUUUCGAAGCCCAUCUUCUGGCAUAUACGACAACUUAGAAGAUUUUAACUUGCCCACUCCGAACGCAAUAUUCUCGAUUGAUUACUUCCGAAACGAUCCUAGACCUUUCUUUGAGAUUGCAAGGCGUUUGUAUCGACCAGAAGCAAAGCCUACGUUGGCUCAUUGUUUUAUCAGGCUACUUCAUGACAAAGGCUUGCUUCUUAGGCAUUAUACACAGAACUGUGAUAGUUUGGAACGCUUAUCUGGUUUACCAGAGGAGAAAUUGGUUGAAGCCCAUGGGACAUUUCACACAGGACACUGUAUUAAGUGCAAGAAACUGCAUGAUUUCGAGUUUAUGCUAAAUGAAAUUUUAGCCAAAAGAGUGCCUAAGUGUCUUGAAUGCAAACACGUUGUCAAACCUGAUGUUGUACUUUUUGGUGAGAGUAUGCCGAAGAAAUUUUUCAAGAACCUUUCUUCGGAUCUCAAUAAUUGUGAUUUACUCAUCAUAAUGGGUACUUCGUUAACUGUGUUACCAUUCUGUGCUAUGAUUCAUCGUGUUGGUAAUGAUGUCCCACGACUCUACAUUAAUCGAGAAUAUAACGAUGGAUCUACAGAGCCUGGUUUAUCUUCAUUCAUUAUGCGGUUUAUGGUGGCUGGUUUUAAACAGAAUUAUAUGAAAUGGGGCAGGUCUGAUAAUGAACGUGAUAUAUUUUGGUCGGGUAAUGCUGAUGAUGGUGUAGUCAAAAUAUCAGAACUUCUUGGCUGGAAGGAUGAUCUUUUGAGAUUAAAAGAAGGGACGGACUCUCGCUUAAAUGAAGAGUUUAUAGCAAAGAAAUCCCAUGACAAAAUCCUGACAAAAUCAGUGGGCAAUGAUUAA